AUCUCGACUGCCCCGCUCUCCAGCCGGCCACUUCCUGUUUACGGCGGGGCCGCGGUGCCUUUCAGAUGUUUUCCACCGUGGCAUCAGGCGGCCCCGGCCCUCCGUGCAGAGAGCCCCGGAAGUGACGUCCCCCAGAGGGGCCGGAAGUGGCAGUGGAGGGAGGGAAGAUGGCGGAGGUGGUGAGUCCGGUGCCUGGGGCGGGGCGGAGGGAGCCAGGGGAGGUGGGUAGAGCCCGAGGCCCCCCAGUAGCCGACCCUGGCGCCCCGCUGUCUCCCCAGGGGGAGAUAAUCGAGGGUUGCCGCCUACCCGUGCUGCGGCGGAACCAGGACAACGAAGAUGAGUGGCCCCUGGCUGAGAUCCUAAGCGUGAAGGACAUCAGUGGCCGGAAGCUUUUCUACGUCCAUUACAUUGACUUCAACAAACGUCUGGAUGAAUGGGUGACCCACGAGCGGCUGGACCUAAAGAAGAUCCAGUUCCCCAAGAAAGAGGCCAAGACCCCUACGAAGAACGGACUUCCUGGGUCCCGCCCCGGCUCUCCAGAGAGAGAGGUGCCGGCCUCCGCCCAGGCCAGCGGGAAGACCUUGCCAAUCCCGGUCCAGAUCACACUCCGCUUCAACCUGCCUAAGGAGCGGGAGGCCAUUCCCGGUGGUGAGCCCGACCAGCCGCUCUCCUCCAGCUCCUGCCUGCAACCCAACCACCGCUCAACGAAACGGAAGGUGGAGGUGGUUUCACCAGCAACGCCAGUGCCUAACGAGACAGCCCCAGCGUCCGUUUUUCCUCAGAAUGGAUCCGCCCGGAGGGCAGUGGCAGCUCAGCCUGGACGGAAGCGGAAAUCCAAUUGCUUGGGCACGGAUGAGGACUCUCAGGACAGCUCGGAUGGAAUACCAUCAGCACCACGCAUGACUGGUAGCUUGGUGUCAGACCGGAGUCACGACGACAUCGUCACCCGGAUGAAGAACAUUGAGUGCAUCGAGCUGGGCCGCCACCGCCUCAAGCCGUGGUACUUCUCCCCGUACCCACAGGAGCUCACUCCAUUGCCUGUCCUCUACCUGUGCGAGUUCUGCCUCAAAUACGGCCGCAGCCUCAAGUGUCUGCAGCGCCACUUGACCAAGUGUGACCUGCGGCACCCUCCAGGCAAUGAGAUUUACCGGAAAGGCACCAUCUCCUUCUUUGAGAUUGAUGGGCGGAAAAACAAGAGUUACUCCCAGAACCUGUGUCUUUUGGCCAAAUGUUUCCUUGACCACAAGACAUUGUACUACGACACAGACCCCUUCCUCUUCUAUGUGAUGACAGAGUACGACUGCAAGGGCUUCCACAUUGUGGGCUACUUCUCCAAGGAGAAGGAGUCUACAGAAGACUACAACGUGGCCUGCAUCUUGACUCUGCCUCCUUACCAGCGCCGGGGCUAUGGCAAACUGCUGAUUGAAUUCAGCUAUGAACUCUCCAAAGUGGAGGGGAAGACAGGGACCCCUGAGAAGCCCCUUUCGGAUCUUGGCCUCCUAUCCUACCGAAGUUACUGGUCCCAGACCAUUUUGGAGAUCUUGAUGGGGCUGAAGUCGGAGAGUGGGGAGAGGCCACAGAUCACCAUCAAUGAGAUCAGUGAAAUCACAAGCAUCAAGAAAGAGGAUGUCAUCUCCACCCUGCAGUACCUCAACCUCAUCAAUUACUACAAGGGACAGUACAUCCUGACUCUGUCAGAAGACAUCGUGGAUGGGCAUGAGCGAGCUAUGCUUAAGAGGCUCCUUCGAAUCGACUCCAAGUGUCUGCAUUUCACUCCUAAGGACUGGAGCAAGAGAGGAAAAUGGUGACCAGGCAUUGCCCAUCACAGCACCAAGAGAACUGAAACAGGACUGGCAGCCCAUCUGCCCCCAGUAGGGCUCCCAAGAGGCACACCAAGGAAGACAAGGCAGCCAAGGGAGACAGGGCUGAGGACAGUUCCAGAAGACAGGCCUGGGAGGGGCCAGGAUCAAGACCAGCCCAGGGCCAGGCCAGCUCCAAGGACAACUGGCUAUAUGCCCAGGCCUGCUCUGAACCAGGGACCAGAGGCAGCCAAGCAGCUGUGUACAGUACUAUGGAGCUGGGGACACUGUACAGAGGGUUGGUGAUUGUAAAAAUUUCUUUUGUAAAGUAGGAGCUGGGGGUGGGGUGGAUGCUGGCUGCAAAAUUCUGGCCUCCCUUGCUCUAAUUGCCCCCAGCAAUAAAUUGUCUCUAUAGGCCAGGGCCACCAAAAAGUUCUUGUGGAAGAAGGAAGCAUGUUGCUUUGGGACACCAGUGUGCCC